AUGGAUUUGGGCUUCGCAGGAGCCCUGCCUCGGUGCGUUUGGCUUUCGCGAGCUUCGGGCGAAGAGGCCGGUCUUCCGCCGCCACGGCGUCGGGAGCCCUCGGUCGACCGAUGGCCCCGAUGGCCCUGGCCGCCUUGGCCAUGGGCCGCACUCCCGCUCUGGGCCCCGCUCUCCGCCGGCCGCGGCCGAAACGCUCUGCGUCGACGGCUCUCCAAGGUCACAGACGCCUCCUUCGUGGGAGUUGGCGUGCGGCGCAGAAUCCGUGCCGUGGCUCGGCAGGUGAGGCUGCACAAAGCUUCACGGCGUGCCGCAGACGCGCCGGACGAGGGCGAAGUUGAGUCAACCGAUAUGAGUUUCCUCCAGAAGCUGAUUCAGAAGCAGAGGGAGGCAACAGAGAUAGGCAUAUGUACCGAAGACUGGCAUCCGGAUCUGUUUGAUGAUGUCCCUGAAGGUUACCGGGAUGCUCUCGAGGCCGGGAUUGACUUGGUAGACGUGCUCGCCAACGGCAAUGCUUUGAAGCUUUUGGCAUCCACGCCUCCAAAGGGAUCCACACCUCGAUUCUCUGUUCGAGUUGCGCCUAAACCAACAUUGGGAUUGGGCUAUAUGGUCCACAGAAGUCUUGUGCAGCAUUAUACGGUUCUCAGCCCGCUGCAGCAAACCAUGAAGAGGCUGAAUGUCGGGGAGAUCGAGACCUUGACCAUACACAGCGUGGGUCAAGGACGAAUGCAUUUUCCCUUCUGGGUCUACGAUGCCGUUGUCGAGGCCUACCAGAAAGGGCUUUGCUCGCGGAUCGGCGUGAGCCACCCAAACGCGGACAUCAAGUCCGUUCUGCAGGCCCGUCAGGAGUUGGAGAGGCGGGGUGCCACGUUGUCUUGUGUCUUCGUCAAGCUGUCCUUGUUGCAACGAGAGGCCGCGCAGCUGGUCAAAGACUGCCGUGCUGAAGGUUUACAGGUUUUCGCUACAGAAGUUCUCGGACCGGACGAGCUUGCGUCUGGGCGCUAUACUGCGGGCAAUCCCACAGGUGGUGAGAUUUGCGUUCCCCGAUUUACUCCAGCGCAGCUCAUGCCGCUCCGGCCGCUUCACGAUGCUUUGGAGGAAAUCGCGCGGGGCUUGAGGUCACGCUGUGAGAAGCCAGAAAUCGACACCACGCAGGUGGCGAUGCAGUGGGUCAUCAGCAAAGGUGCUAGUCCACUUUGCGACGUCACGACUUCGAACAGUGCCAAAGCAAUUGCCGGAUGCAAAGGUCCAGACGGGUGGAAGUUGACGCCUGAGGAAGAAGCACGGCUGGAUGAAGCAGCCGACGAAGUUGCGAAGACGCGCAGAAGGUGGUGA